CCGGCUGGAUAAACCUCAGCUCGCUGCAGGAGGAGCGAGAUCAGAGGUGACUCAAAUACUGCUGGACUGUUAGUGUGAAAUGUUAGGUCUGCUUUUUUUGAGAUGCUGAUUUGAAUUAGGAAUAUUUACCACUCCAGACACACGCAUACUUACAUCACCAUGGGCCAGAUGUUCUCAUCAGAGGAAGAGCUUUCUCAAGUGAAGGAUGCAGUUGGUUCUGUCCUCUACAAUGCCAUGCUGGAAGGCGGUGCUGUGCCCGACCUCGGAGUGGUCCACCCUCUCCUCUUAGCCAAUCGCGAUGAGAGUCUAGACUCCCGGGCGCACCUCCAGGAACAACUGCAACAGCUGCAGGGCAACAUUGGGAACAGAGCGCCCACCUACCUGAAGGAUCUGAUUAGCCGCCUGACAACCUUCUCAGACGAGCCACGCCUGGCUGGCUUGGUGGGAUUAGUGGUUACUAUGGUGAUGGAUAUGGUGUACACAUCAAAACGGUCGUCGGGAGUGACGGGGAAAUCAGCUGGGUCGUCAUCAAGCCAGCAGAGAGUCUGGGAGCUCCAGGAGGUGAUGGAGGAGUACCUGAAGCGCUGUAGGAUCAACCUGAACGACAAGAGCAAGCUGAUCCAGGACUCUGUCAGACUUGAGGCGCAGUUCAGCCUCACGCUCACUCAGCUGAAGACCUGCAUUCUGGGGGGAGACUGUGACUCCAGGUCUCUGAGGCACUGGGCCAGUGCGGCAGCGUUUCACACCCAGAUGUUGAUUCACCUGGCUGCUCUUGAGGGUUUGGUCGAGCCCCUGGCAGCAAGGGCAGCGCUGGAGCAAUACAAGGAAGAUCUCACACAGAUCAUACCUGCUUACAGGAGAUAUAAAUCUAAUACAGUGUGUGUUGUGAAAUGUCGUGGGGGUCUUCCGGCAUCAUGUGACCCCUCCGACGAGGUGCCAGAGGAGGGAUCCAUGACGGGACUCACUGUGACGGACAGAGAGACAGGAAAGAGUGUGAAGGUCCCUCUGUCCGCCUUGGAGACGGAGUCAGGGAGAGGAAAGAGAGUCUCUGGGCCUGAUAACACCUCUGUGUCCUCCUCCAUUAACCUGGACCUGAUCACCUCAGAUCAGUACGCCCAGGCUUAUUUGGAGCAUCUGUUCUCUGGGAAGGGACCUGUGGCUGAGCUGGAGAACUACUUUAAUAAGGCUAGAGAUAAGCUGCGAACGCUGCGAACUCUACCAGGAUGUACAAACAAGACAGGGGUGAGAGAUGGGACAGAACAAAGUGAUGGAGUGCAUCUUAAAGACCCGGCAGAGGGAGUAAAUGCAGAGCGAAGAGAGGACAGGGGCAAAGGUGAUAAACAGGACAAGAUGGAGAGGAGAGGAAGACAAGAAGAGACAGAGGAAUGCAAUCAGAGAGAUGAAAGUUUGAAAAUGAGUAUUGUGGAGACACAGCCGGAGGACAGUCUCAAUCCCAGUGUUUCCAGAGCAUCAAGUACAUAAAAACAGUGAUCAGACAGCAGCCGUAUCGUGUCUGUUCUCCACCGGAGAGGAACAACUCAACAUGAAGGAUGAAACAUGAAGGAUUUCAACAGUCUUGUUUGUAAUUUAUUGCUGGAUUGAAGGUGAAUGGCAGGUUUACUGAUUUGUCUACUGCAAAACUGACAUCAGCUUUGGCCAAAGAUGAACUCAAAGUUAUUUCUAAUGUAAAGUAAAUCUUUAUAAGACGUA